UUUGUCUGAUACAGAAUUAUGCUCUUAUUAUCGAUUACUGUUGUAACAUAGUUAAACUUAUAUGUCAUCACGCACCAGUUCUCUCUCUUAACCGUCCCCAACGCUUUCACACCCCUCGGUCUUCAUCCCUUCAUUCUUCGAAUUUUCAGUUAUUUGAUCGCUGCAGUGAGAUAGAAGAUGGGUAAUGCUUCAUCCACACUGACUCAAUAUGACAUUGAAGAAGUACAACGUCACUGUAACAAUCUUUUUUCCCAACAAGAGAUAGUGUCUCUUUAUCAGAGGUUUUGCCAACUCGAUAGGAACGCAAAGGGGUUCAUAUCAGCUGAUGAAUUUUUAUCAGUUCCAGAGUUUGCCAUGAAUCCACUUUCUCAGAGGUUGCUUAAGAUGGUGGAUGGUUUGAAUUUCAAGGAUUUCGUCGCAUUUUUAUCAGCUUUUAGUGCUAAAGCAAGUCUAGCCCAGAAAGUUGAAGUUAUUUUCAAGGUAUAUGAUUCUGAUUGCAAUGGGAAGGUGACAUUCAAUGACAUGAUACAAGUGCUUCAGGAUUUGGCUGGCUCUUUCAUGUCAGAUCAACAAAGAGAGGAAGUAUUGGGCCAAGUUUUGCACGAAGCUGGUUAUACAAAGGAGUCUGUGCUACUCUUGGAUGACUUUAUCAAGGUAUUUGAUCAUGCUAAUUUGAAGAUGGAGGUGGAAGUUCCGGUUGACUAGCUAAGCUUGCAGUCUAUGUUCUUCUUCUGUAGCUUAAGUCAAGAUGACUUUGCAAAGUACAUCCAGCCGUCCUUUGUAAAACCACAACUCUGUAUUAAAGUCAUUUGUCGUUUUUAUUUUCUGGGUGAAGGUCUUGAAGUAUAUAGGUUGAACGCUGCAGGAAUCACCCAGUGACAUGUAUUUAGAAUAAUAAAACCUGUGCAUAUAUUUCUUGUUCUGCCACUAAUCUCUAUUCAUCUUCACCUUCCUUGUGCC